CUUCAGUAAUGCAAACUAAAUUUUUAAACUUCUGAACAGUAAACUUAGAAGUGAAGUUCCAAAAUGAGGACUGUUCGCAUUGCAGUAUCACAGUGGGCUCCAUGGAUACAGUUUGAUGCCAACUAUAGCUUGGAUUCAGCCAAGGGAGUGCUCAUCGAACUCUACAGCGGAAUGAAGCAGACGAAGAUUUUUGAUUACGAACUGCAGAUGAUAAAAGCGUACGGUGUGUUGGGCCCUGAUAAAAAGUGGACUGGAAUGGUUGGAUCAGCUCUAAGAAACGAAACAGACAUACUGGGACCAUUCUUGAUUGAUGAAGGCAGAGGAAGUGCUGUUCAAUUUCUUUCAUCUCUAGAUUUUUCUGAGCUGGCGAUGGCAACAGGUUUAACCUCUGCUGGCCAGAAUCCUUUCGUUGUAUUUCGGGUCUUUUCAGCUGAAGUAUGGUUAUUAUUCUUGUCAGCUAUCAUUUUUGCGACCACAGUGGUGUUUUUAAUACAAUCUCUUCUGCCAUAUCCUUGUGAAAAAGGAAAAAUCCAAAGUUUUCUCAGAUACUUCUGGCUGUUUACGAUGUCAUUAUUUGGGAAAGAUUUUGGAGCCAAACGCAGUUGGUACCUACGCCACAUUUGGAACAGUCGCAGUUUCCGCUUCAUCCAGAGUGUUUGGCUCAUGACUUGCAUCAUAUUUGUGAACACAUAUCAGGGCAACAUCACCUCCAACUUUGCAUCCAACAAAUUCAAGCCCAGAUACGAGACUCUGGAAGAUGUUAUGAGCGAUUCUACAGUAGAAAUAAAAACUUAUGCGAAUUCUUUUCCUUUAAUGUGUUUGUCGAAAUUGAAUAACACAUCCUUAAGACCUAUUUGGCUGCGAGUUAAACGCUACGAAGUAUCGGACACCAUCAAGUUAUUGGAUUCCGUGGAAGAAGGAAAGGCCAUUCUUGUCGCAGAGAUUGGACUCACCAAGUUUUACAUAGGAGAGAGAUUCCGGCAAACUGGCAAAUGCGGAAUAAGAUCCAUUCCUCUUGCUGGUUUUUGUUCCACGUACAUAGCUCUAGGCUCAAGAAAAGGGCAGCCAAGAAAAUUCCUAAAACAGUUCAAUAUAGGGUGA